AUGAGAAGUGAGGAACAGCUCUGCAUGGAGACAGAGCAUCUAAACCAGCAAGGUCUCCCUUUGGUUGCUUUGUGUGACAGCAUGCGCGAACUGACCGCCCAGCUCAGAGGGAUCCUGGAAAAGCUGAGCCACGAGGAACAAGGGGAAGCGCAGCAUGCAGCACUCAAUGAAAGCUGUCAUCCACUGGUUGCAUCGCUUGCACAAUUCAUGCAUCAAGAGGCAGAGCGCCUCGCGUUGGAUGGCUCUUUCGCCAAACUCAUGUCGAAGACAAAGCUUCCCACGGAGGCACCCGCUCCAGCGGCUCCUGCGCCAGUCGGAGCCAUCAGCCUGUCGGGCGUUUCACCGUCGAACUCCACUUCAGCGCCGAUGCGGUCCCCCGAAGGUGGCAACUGCACGCAAAGCACCGUAUCCAGGGUGAGAACUCGUUCCAGGGCGCGGCCUGCAAGCCCCAAAGAACGCGAAGCCCAGCCUCAGCGCAAGAGGGCAGCAUCCAGGGAGUCCGGCCUGGAGCGCGAAAAGCGCCUGGGCUUGGUCGGCAUCCCCGGAAAAGCGGAGGCCGCCCUGGGCCUCUCUGGUAGGAGACGCUCACCCUGCGAUGAGGUUACUGAUGCUUGCAAGCCCUCCCAGGGCAAGCGCGCUGCAUCCGAGCGCUCCAGCUCCAAGAAGGCAAAUCAGCCGAACACAGAGAAAAAACAAGACAAGGCGGGCUUGUCCAAAUCAGCAUCUCGAGCAAGGCCACAGACGAUUUCUGCUGUCGAGGUGGCCUCAGCAAAAGGGUGCGAAGGCAAACAGCAAGGUGAGCUUUCACGUUCUGCUCGCCGAAAGGAUGCAAACCAGGAGAAGCGUGCAUCCACUCCCGUGAGGCGGGAUUCGCAGCCUCAGCGCAAGAGGGCUGCAUCUGGGGAGUCGGGACCAGAGCGAUUGAAACGCUUGGGCCUAGUUGGCAUCCCACCAGGAAAGGCAGAGGCCAUGGGCCUCUCGGGCAGGCGGCGGCGGCCCUCCGAAGUCUCUGACAAAGCCAUCGAAAAGAUCCUUCAGGCUCCGGGCUGCAAGCCCGCGCAAUCGUCGAGCAGACGUGCUCCAUCGCAGCGCAAUUUCAAAAAGGCUGCCACUGUGAGCCAUGCCGACCUCACAAUGCGAACAAAGCGAGAAGUCAAAGAAGUGCAGGAGGUUAUGUCAAGAUCAGAAGUGGACGUUCAGCAGAUGCUUGAAUGGGCUGCGACGGAGGCCGCACGCACAAGACUUGUGGCAAGCCUCUCCAACGGUGAAGCUCAGUACAGUGGCCGUCGAGCGCAGCAGCAGGGCCGGCUGGCCAAUCGUCUCCGAGCAGCGACCCUUGCGCGAGCCAGGCUCGCACGCGAGGCGAUGCAGACUAUGCUGGACAGCUCCGGCGAGCUGCCUUCCAAUCUCCAGGAUGAUGGGCCGGCCAUGCCGAGGAGUGCAGAUUUCGACGGCUGGCUUGGGCGCCAGGAGGCUUUUGCUCAGUGGGAUACGCACACUCACCGCUCUCAUGCUGAGACAGAGGGUGAGCAUGACAACGAGCCGGACGAGGAGCUCGAAAGCGUUCUAUCCCAGGACGACGACUCGCCUUCUACUCAGGAGGGUACUUCAUAUCUGACUGACGCUGACCGUCAGCGCAUCGGUGAGGUCCUUGCUGAGAGAAGAUGGAUGCGCCAAGAAGUCCCAGUUCCCCCAGCACGGACCGUUUUGUCAUGGUCGGUGCCAUCUGCAAACGAUGGAAGACCAAGGAUCGAGGUCCCAUGGGGUGAUGUUCGCUUGAUGAACAGCGACGGAUCUGCUGAGACUGACAGAGGCAGACCGCCCAGUCGAGGAGGUGAGUCCUGGCAGCCGCUAGGACAAACAACUCCGCCAGCGUACGAGCAGGUGACGCCCGAGUUGUUCGAAUUGUGGCAGACGCAGGAACCCAACCAGCCGCCUGCAGAUCAUGAGUCUGACGAGCAGGAGGCCAGCGAAGCCGUGGACUCUGCCAGUGUAGAGGACUCCCACGCUUCACGCACUUCACGCCCAGAGGUUAGCCACAGCAGCCGACGGGACACAGGACCUGGCCACCAGAUUGCGGAUGCCAUCGAUGGUCACGAACUGGAGCUCGUUGAUGCCAGGCCUCUUCAAGAAGAGUUGUCCCGUGGCUCAGAGCCCGAAAGCAUUGCGGAAGCAGUCGCGGAAACGGCUGGAGGCCAGGAUGUUGCGGCUGAGGCGGACCAUGCAGGAUCCGGAGAGUCCGCGGAAGCCGUUGAGGCAGAGGCAGCUUCCACCAGCGACUCGACCUCAAGCUGUCAGAUCGAAGAGAUCGAGGUGAAGGACACGGAAGGCUUUCAGGUGGACGAGUGGGUCUGUGAGGCGAAGGCGACGGCCCGUGCUGAGGUCGACGAGCAGCCUGAGUCUGCAGUCGAAGCGAGCAUACAGGAUGGACAGGGAUCUGGCCUGCGACCAGGUCUUCCAGUGAGUGAUGGGACUGCGCACGAGAAAGUCACAGACGAGGUGGUUUCAGUCAUCAUGGACGAACUGAUCAAUGACACCAUUCAGUCUUCAGCUGCUACUGAACCAGCUCUACGGCAUCCGACGCCGAUAGCUCCAGCGUUUAUCGACAUCUUCAGCGAGGAUUCUGCUCCUGACGGCUCCAGCGCCGAGAGCGAGAGUGUCGUCCAGCCCUCUCCGAGGAGGCCGUUGCAAAAGAACGAGGAAUCGGGCAGGGAGGCUGUGAAAGGAAGCCCGCUCCCUCGAAAGUUGCCGGCAAAGGCCGAAGAAAUCCGUCUGGCAGCAGGCCUUCGGACAGAGAAGAAGGCUUCAACAGAGGAUGGGCCUCCGCGGCCGCCCUCCCCGCCUCCUGACCUGCGUAGUACCAACACGGAGCCAGCAAGCACGGCACCGCAAGCCGACAGAAGCCCAAAAGGACGACAAGACACCGCUGAGCUCAUCAGCCAGGAGCUCUUCGACAUAUUGCUCGGUGAGGCGUUGGAUGCAUUCGACUGUACGUCGCCUGGUCGUCGCGAGAUCAGUCCACUUGAGGAGACUCGACUUAAUAUUCUGGAUGGCUCUACGCCGGCAAGCCCACUGGCAGGACCGCAUCCAAUCGACACAUCUGAUGCAGUUGUGGCUCCAUUCAUUGAGGCUGUUUUCCAGCAGCUUGGUGUGACCGAUGAGGCACAACCGAUUACUGGGCCCCUGCCAGAUCUGGAGGAAUGGCUGCCAGCAGUCCUUGAAGUCAUGAAGACACGGCAUCGUGCUACCCGCAAAGUGGAAGAUCGGUCCAAGGGAACUCCGGGCAGACCGAAGGAGGAGGACCUCGACCCAGCCUUCGAAGAGACGGAGGACGAGAACGUCGAGAGCUUCACCAGACUGCUUGCGGAUGAACUGUUGGCUUUGGCACAUGAAGAGGUCAAGGAGCAAGGUCCACGGAUCAUGGGUUGGCGUCGACCCUGCUUCGGUGAAGCACCUCUCUCACGUUUCCGUGCAAAGCAGGAGGGCACCAACCCAUCACAGCGACAGACCUGGGAGAAGGUCAGGGAGAAGUUGACCGAAGCUGUCCGCCGCUUCGGCUAUCGAACCGAGGGUGGGGAUGAGAUUCCUGCAGGCAGAGCGAUCGAGGCCGAUGGUUCGUCAGGUGGAGCCGUCACAAUGUCCAACAUGGAUGAAGGCAUCGAUGCGCUGCUCGAAGAAGAUAUUUGCAGUGAUGAGGCAUCCUGGUUAGACAUCAAGGGUGACUUGCAGAAGGUCAAAGACCAGGUUGCUGGGAUGAUUUUCAUGGAUCUUGUCGACGAGAUGGUCACGGAGAUUGGCAGCAUGUGGUCCGCAUAA